UGUGGUCGUCGAGUCAGCCGGAGGCCUUCGCGGCGCUGACACCGCACUCUGCUCCGCGGGAAAUUAUAAAGUUUCGAGAUGGAUACGGAAGAGUUCAGGGUUCGGGGGAAGGAGAUGGUGGAUUACAUAUGUACGUACAUGACGACGCUGCGUAAGCGGCGCGUGACGCCGUCGGUGGAGCCGGGCUACCUACGCGCCGCGCUGCCGGCCGAAGCUCCUCAGCACCCUGAGGACUGGGACAAGGUUAUGGACGACGUGGAGAAGAAGAUCAUGCCCGGUGUCACGCACUGGCAGCAUCCGCGCUUCCACGCCUACUUCCCUUCGGGCAACGCGUAUCCGUCUAUCUUGGGCGAUAUGCUGUCUGCUGGCAUCGGAUGCAUUGGAUUCUCAUGGGCGGCAAGCCCGGCCUGCACAGAGCUGGAAAUCAUUAUGCUGGACUGGAUGGGUAAAGCGAUCGGUCUGCCGCCGGCGUUCCUCGCACUCGAACAAGGGAGUAAUGGCGGCGGCGUUAUUGAGGGUUCAGCGAGCGAAUGCGUGCUGGUAUCCAUGCUCGCCGCCCGCGCCAACGGCAUCAAACGGCUCAAACACCAGUUCCCCAACGUGGACGAAGGUCUCCUGCUCUCCAAGCUCAUCGCCUACUGCUCCAAGGAAGCCCACUCGUGCGUCGAGAAGGCCGCCAUGAUCUGCUUCGUCAAACUACGCAUUUUACAGCCCGAUGAGCACGGCUCGCUGAGGGGCGAGACACUCAAGGAGGCGAUGGAAGAAGACGAAGAGGCCGGCCGCGUGCCGUUCUUCGUAUCCCUGACGCUGGGCACCACCUCGUGUUGCUCGUACGACGACCUGCCCGGGGUCGGCCCCAUCGUGCGCAAGUACCCCUGCGUGUGGCUGCAUGUCGACGCGGCCUACGCGGGCUCCGCGUUCCUCUGUCAGGAGCACAAACACCACCUGGCCGGGGUCGAGUACGCGGAUAGCUUCAACACCAACACUAACAAGCUCAUGCUCACCAACUUCGACUGUUCGCUGUUGUGGGUUACCAACAGAUACCUGCUAACAUCAGCGUUAGUAGUGGACCCACUGUACCUCCAGCACUGCUACGACCACACCGCCAUCGACUACCGCCACUGGGGCAUCCCGCUGAGCCGGCGCUUCCGCUCGCUCAAGCUGUGGUUCAUGCUGCGCAGCUACGGCAUCAGUGGCCUGCAGCGCUACGUGCGUCGCCACUGCGAGUUGGCCAAGUACUUCGAGCAACUGGUUAGAAAGGACGACCGGUUCGAGGUCUGCAACAAAGUCACGCUGGGUCUCGUAUGCUUCCGGCUAGUGAGCGGCGGCGAGACUCCGUUGGAGCAAGACGAGAUCAACAAGAAACUCCUGACCACAAUGAACGCGUCCGGAAAAAUCCACAUGGUGCCUGCGAAUGUGCGCGAUCGCUUCGUCAUCCGUUUCUGUGUUGUGGCGCAACACGCUACACGCGAAGACAUCGAAACUGCGUGGGAUAUAAUAACGGACUUCGCUACAGAACUUCUCGAAGGACCAGAUAAAGAAAGGGAUCUCAACGAGGAGCGUGCUCGACGGCACCGCGCCGCACUCGCCCACAAGCGUUCGUUCUUCGUGCGCAUGGUCAGCGACCCAAAGAUCUACAAUCCGGCCAUCAACAAGACCCCGCCGCCCGUGCCCGCCACGCCGGGGUCGCCGCCCCCCGCGCCCGCGCCGCAGACCCCCGACACGCCGGGCGACGCCGGCGUGCAGCUUGAACCGCCCACGCCAAAACCAGCAUCCUGGAUCAGCUGGCCGCUGGCGUUCUUCUUCCAGAGCGUUGACCACGACGCGAACGAUUUACCAUUAAGGUUCCGUCACCUGGACACGAUGGUGCGGCUGAAGAGCCCCGGCGCGGCGGCGGCGGGGCGGCGCGGCUCGUCGCCCGGCGCCUCGCCCGAGCGCCGCGCGCCCUCGCCCCAGCACUGACCCCGCUACUCGCCCGCGUAAACCAAUAAACUACUUCAGCAUUCAUCCCUGUUUCAUUCACUAUCAAAAUAUAUUCACUGUUAGUGUUGUA